AUGAAUCUGAAUGGGGUGGAUAUUGAUGCUCUGAGAAAUGGCACCCAAAUCAAUAUGGAACAAAGAAAGAAUCUGAUCAAGCCUGUCAUUGAAACAAAGAUUGAGAAGGCCCUAAAGGGCAUUGGUGAUUCAAAAGCCCCAGGCAGAGGCUAUGGCUCAAUAUUUUUUAGAGCAACCUGGAACAUUAUCAAGAGUGACCUCAUAACAGCUAUACAGGAAUUUUUUGAGAAAGGUAAGCUGAACAAAGCUAUCAAUGAGUCCCUUAUCAUUGCAAAGAUUAUGGCUGAAAAAUUGGGUGAAGUCCUUCCAGUUCCAGAUAUUAUAAGAAAAAACCAAGCUACUUUUGUCCCUAGUCAGAAAAUUCAAGACCACAUAUUGCUGGCAUAUGAACUCAUUAAACGCUACUGUAGGAAAGGAGGCACUCCUAGAUGCAUGCCCCAAAUGGACAUUUAG